AUGUUUGGUGAUGCUAGCCUGAGCCCCGAGGCACGAGCAGCCCGUGCCGCAUCUCUCGCGUCUUCUUGGCGCUGUAGUGUACUUACCUUCGAGAUGGUUGUGGGUCCCGAUCUUCCCGGCGCUUUUAAUGUUGGUGGUCCCGAGGGGGCUGCAUCGCGUUCCUGUGCUGAGGCAUUAGCUAUCGACAUGAUUAAUGGGCAUACUUCUACCGGUGUUGAUCACUUUGCACACUCGCUCAGGCAAGCGGUGGCUCCGAUGACGCCUUCAGGAGCAAUGACAGCAGUCGCGGGAUCUUCCAUCCGUGAUUGCGGCGAACAACGGCAGCAGCACUAUAACGGACUCUACGACGACACCGCCAUUCAAGAUGUGAGGGAACAAGUCGUUGCCGGACAGAUAGUCACCAAGAUGGAGGCAGUCGACUAUAUGUUCUCCACUGGAACUGAGCACAAACGACAAAUACUGUUAGAUAGCUAA